CGAGCAGCGGUCCCUGCGCAGGCUUGGCCGCGCGCUCCCGCUCUCUGCGCGCUCUCCUUGUCCCUCCCUACUCCGGAGCUUCUCCCCUGGCUGCCGCGCGGGAGGGGAGGCCGGGAUGGCAGAUGAGAUCGCCAAGGCUCAGGUCGCUCGACCUGGAGGCGACACGAUCUUCGGGAAGAUCAUCCGCAAGGAAAUCCCAGCCAAAAUCAUUUUUGAGGAUGACCGGUGUCUUGCUUUCCAUGACAUUUCCCCUCAAGCACCAACGCAUUUUCUGGUGAUACCCAAGAAACACAUAUCCCAGAUUUCUGCUGCAGAAGACGAUGAUGAAAGUCUUCUUGGACAUUUAAUGAUUGUUGGCAAGAAAUGUGCUGCUGAUCUGGGUCUGAAGAAGGGCUAUCGAAUGGUGGUGAAUGAAGGUUCAGAUGGGGGACAGUCUGUCUACCAUGUUCAUCUGCACGUUCUUGGAGGUCGGCAGAUGAAUUGGCCUCCUGGUUAAGCAUGUUUUGGGGAUAAUUUGCCCUUCUCUAGGCAGUGAUCAAGUUCGCAAGUUCUUAUAUGUUAAAAUAACACAUUAAUUUUUGUCUGUGUAUGGAGAGAUUGAGGAAAUAAUUAUAAAAACCCAUACAUAAUAAAAGACAUUGUUGCAUGG